AUGGCGGAGGACGCCGGCGAGGCGCGCGUGCGCGACUCGUCGGACGUGGAGCUGCCGGAGCUGCCCGGGUCGAAGCGCGUGAGCUUCGCCGCGGGCCCCGAGGAGCCGUGCCGGCGGUCCUCGCUCUCGGUCGGGGGCGAGUUCCUGACGAGCUCCGCCGGCGGCGUGUCGGAGGUGCAGCAGAUGCCCUACGCGUCGGUCGUCGUCGCCUGGAUCCUCGUCGUCGCCGUCGUCGGCGGGAGCGCCAUCCAUCUGGUCGAGCGCGGCGGGCGGACGGGCGCGUCGUGGCUCGACUGCUGCUUCGUCGCGCUCAACUGCGUCACGGCGACGGGCCUCGCCACCGUCGACGUGACGGCGCUCCGGAGCGCGAGCCUCGUGCUCAUGGGCGCCUUCAUGCAGCUCGGCGCCGCGACGAUCCUGUCGCUGCUGCCCAUCGUGCUCCGGCUCCGCGCGCUGCGGGCCGCGCUCCCGCACCUCAAGCUCGACCGCGGCGACACGUCGCCGACGGCCUCCCUGCGGGGGCGAAAGCGGCGCUGGUGCCAGCACGAGGCCGUGACCUUCGACCUGCGGAACUACAAGCGCGUCCCCGAGUGGCUCGUCGAGUACAAGGCGCUAUUAAUCUUGCAGCGCGUCAUCCUGGCCUACCACGCGGCCUGCUACCUCGUCUACGGCGGCCUCAUCGCCGCCUACGUCGCCCGCGUGCCGUCGGCGCGGCGCGCGGCCACGGCGGACGUCGCCGCGGCGCCGCUGCCCUGGGCCGCGUUCCACACGCUGUCGGCGUCCGCGUUCAACAACGUGGGCUUCAGCCUGCAGCGCGACGGCUUCAUGGGCUUCGCGCGGCACCCGGCGCUGCUCUAUCUCGUCAUGGGCCUCGUGCUCCACGGCAACGUGCUCUACCCGCCCUGCGUGCGCUGGAUCAUCGUCGGCCUCUCCGCGGCGGCGCCGCGGACGUCGAACCGCAAGGUCUACUUCCGCUACCUCCUGCUCCACGGCCGGCGCCUGACGCCCUGCCUCUUCAGCUCGCAGCAGAACUGGCUCCUCGUCGCCGCGCAGGUCGCCAUGUUCCUCGUGCAGGUCGCGGUCCUGCUGUCGAUCUGCUACCGCGACGACGGCUUCCGCGGCGAGAGCUGGUGGACGAGGUACAACAUCGCGGCCUUCCAGGCCGUCAACACGCGCCACGCGGGCAUGACGGCCGUGGCGCUGUCCGGCCUGCGGGCGUCGGCGCUCAUGCUCCAGCUGCUCAUGAUGUACCUCGCGCCCGUGCCCUUCGUGGUGGCUUUGCGGCAGUCCGUGCGCGUCGCGCGCGCGCGGCCGUCCGACGAGGCGCCGCGGCGCGCGUCCCUCGCGGGGGCGCCGGACGCGCCGCCGCGGCCGUCGGCGGAGGCGCGGCGGCGCUACGCCGCGGGGCGCCGCCUGUCGCUCGGGCCGAGCGGCGCGUCGCCGCUGCACGCCGGCGACGCGCGCGCGCCCGGCCGCGCCGCGUCCAAGGCGUCGUCGCUCGACGACGCCAUGAUCGACACGCGCGAGCUCCUCAUGGUGCGCUACCCGGACGCGGCGCCGCCCUGGCGUGCGCGCGUCGCGCUCCGCGCGGCGGCCCUGCGGUUCCACGUCCGCGCCUUCGCGCGCGCGGUCGCGACGUCGACGGGCUUCGUGCGCGACGCGGCCUUUUUGUUCCUCGCCUGGUUCCUCAUCGCGGCGAUCAUGCGCUACGAGGGCGACGGCGGCCGCACGGCCGCGUCGGGCGAGGCCGCGAUGGGCGGCUCGGGCCUGCGGUCCGGCGCGCUCUUCUACAUCGUCUUCGAGCUCACGUCGGCCUUCGGCAACGUCGGGCUCUCGCUCGGGUCCAUCGCCGACCCGAGCCGCCCGACGUCCUACAGCGGCGACCUCACGGCGGCGGCGCUGCUCAUCGUCUGCGCCGUCCAGAUCUUCGGCCGCACGCGCGACAUGCCCGCCGCCGUCGACUCCGCGCUGUCGCUGCCGACGGUCGACGCCGCCGACGUCCUCCGCCAGAGCCUGUCCCUGGACGCGCCGGAGAACCUGAGCGAGGCCGGCCGGCCGUCGGACCUCGCGGCGACGACCGCGGCGUCGGCCGGCACGGCCGCGGUGUCGGCGAUGAUGGUCGCGACGAGCGUGGCCAUCAGUCUGACCACGGAGGGCGACGUCGCCGACCUGCUGUACUUGGACUGCCUCGCGACGCAGAACCUGGGCCACGCGGCGUUCCUCGUCGGCUUCGCGACGUCCUACUGGCGCGGCGGCCACGUGCUCGGCAAGUGCUUCGUCGUCACGGCGCCGUGGCUCCUCGCGGCGCACGGCGCCGCGUCGCUCGCCGCGGCCGGCCCGAGGCCGCUCGUCGUCGCGUUCGUCGCCGUCGCCCCGGCGCUCUACGCCGCCGCGCUGCCGGAGCCGGCGCUCUACGCCGAGGGCUACACGCUCGCGUUCCACGUGGCCUUCGUCUCCGCCGUGGGCCUCGCGUGCGCCGACGCGCUCGAGCGGGGCGCCGCCGCCGACGCGGUGAUCUACGGCGUCGGUUUCGUGAGCGCGAGCGCGACGACGGCCGCGACGCUCGCCGUCGACGCGCUCGCCGCGCCGGCGCCCCUCUUCUACGCCGCGGGCGCCGGCGUCUGGGCCGCCGCGGCCGCGGGCGCCGCGGCGGCGCUCUCCGGCGGCCGGCCCGAGCCCGCGGCGCCGGCCGCGCCGGCGCCCGCGCGCGGCCCCGUCGUCGACCUCGCGGCGCUCGCGGCGGCGGCCGUGCCCGGCGCGGCGGCCGCCUGGCCCCUCGCCGUGGCGCACGGCGCCACCUUCGUCGGCCAGGCGCUGCUCGUCGCCGUUGCCGCGGACCCGCCGGGGUCGCGCUUCGACCGCGGCGUCAACUUCGCCAUCCACGGCGCGGGCAUCUUCGUCUUCAACGCCUACCUCAUGUUCUCCGACGCGCGCGCGUUCCCGCGGCUCCGCGCCAUCAGCGUCUUCGCCUGCUUCGCCGGCGGCGCGGGCGCGGCGCGCACGGCGGCCGGCCUCGCGGCCGGCGCGGCGGCGCCGCUGCGCCGCGCGGCGGCGGCCCUCUUCGCCGCGCGCGCGGCCGUCGGCGCCGCGCUCGGCGUCGCGCUCGCGCGGCUGCCGCGCGACGCGCACGACCGCGUCGCGCCGCCGGAGAAGGCCCCGGACCGCGAGGCGCCGAGGACCGGGGACCCGGGGCCGUUCCGCCUCGACCGCGCCGUGCGACACCAGCGGAGCCACUUCGCGCCCUACUGGUGCGCGUGCUUCCUGGCCUUCGCCGCCUUCGCGUUCCUCCGCCGGUCGUCGCCGGACGCGCACGCGCCGCGCCGCGUGCUCGAGACGCCGCACGCGUACCUCCUCGGCUUCCACUUCGUCUUCAUCCUGUCGGGCUUCGCGGCGCACGGCCUCCGGACGCGCGUCGUCGCGAGCCUCAGGGUGGCGUCGGCGUUCCUGGCGGCCGCGGGCGUCGUCGCCGCGGCGCAGCUCGUCCUCGCGCCGCCGGCGCUCGUCGCCGCGCUCGCGGCCUGCGUCGCCGCGGGCGCGCGGCUGCGCGCGCUCGUCGAGGACGCGCUCGGCGACGCGGGCGCGGCCGGCGCGCCGGGCGACGCGGCGAACUUCUGGCAAUAG